AUGAGCAGGAAGUGGUGGUGGAGGUGCCCAGAACUCAGAACCCUCCAAAACCAGUCAUGACCUCCAGACCCACCGCGGUGAAAGCCACAGGCGGGCUGUGCCUGCUCGGGGCCUACGCCGACAGCGACGAUGACGAGAGCGAUGUUUCCGAGAAGCCGGCGCAGGCCGAGGAGGCCAGUGAGGCCAACGGCAACCCGUCGGCUGACAUCGACAGCACCUUGGCCAGCUUCCUGGCGGAGAUCGAUGCCAUCACGGCGCCUCAGCCCUCCGCGCCUGCGGGGGCGUCGGCCCCGCCCCCAACCCCACCUCGACCUGAGCCUAAGGAAGCGGCCACGUCUACCCCCGGCUCUGCUGCGCCCAAUGGCACCAGUGUGACCGCAGCUCCGGAGUGGCAGUACGACACGCAGUGCUCUCUGGCAGGAGUGGGAAUCGAGAUGGGAGACUGGCAGGAGGUGUGGGACGAGAACACCGGCUGCUACUACUACUGGAACACACAGAGCAACGAGGUCACCUGGGAGCUGCCCCCCUACCUUGCCACCCAGGUCCAGGGGCUGCAGCAUUACCAGCCCGGUUCUGGAACAGGUACUGAGGCUGGCUUUGUGGUCGGUGCAGACGCAUUCAUGAAGGAGAAAGCGGCGCCUGUUUCCGGUAGUAAAAGCGGACCGGUCGCAGCCAAGCGCGAAGUUAAGAAGGAGGUGAAUGAGGGCGUGCAGGCGCUCUCCAACAGCGAGGAAGAGCGGAAAGGGGUGGCGGCCGCCCUGCUGGCUCCUCUGUUGCCGGAGGGAAUCAAGGAGGAAGAAGAGCGGUGGAGGAGAAAGGUGAUCUGCAAAGAGGAGGCGCCCCUCCCGGAGGCCAAGGAGCCGAGCACCGUCCCUGAGGAAGCCCUGGCCCCGGGGAAGCCGCCGGAAGUCCUGCUGGACUGCGUGGAGGAGCCCGCCCCGGAAGACCUGUGCAGCGUGGUGCAGUCCGGGGAGAGUGAGGAGGAGGAGGAGGAGGAGCAGGACACCCUGGAGCUGGAGCUCGUCUUGGAGAGGAAAAAGGCAGAGCUGAGAGCCUUGGAGGAAGGAGAUGGCAGCGUGUCAGGGUCGAGUCCCCGUUCCGACGUCAGCCAGCCGGCAUCUCAGGAUGGGGUGCGCAGACUGAUGUCUAAGCGAGGCAAGUGGAAGAUGUUCGUCCGCGCGACCAGUCCGGAGUCCGCCAGCCGGAGUUCCAGCAAAACUGGACGGGAGACUCCCGAGAACGGAGAAGGCGCAAUUGGUACUGAAAAUUCAGAAAAAGUAGAUGAAAAUUCAGAUAAAGAAGCAGAAGUAGAAGAAUCCUCAGAGAAGAUAAAAGUCCAAACAACACCUAAAGUAGAAGAUGACCAAGAUUUGAAAUUUCAGAUAGGAGAACUGGCGAACACCCUGACAAGUAAAUUCGAGUUCCUGGGCAUUAGUAGACAGUCCAUCUCCAACUUCCACGUGCUGCUCCUGCAGACUGAGACUCGAAUUGCGGACUGGCGGGAAGGGGCUCUUAACGGAAACUACCUUAAACGAAAGCUUCAGGACGCAGCAGAACAACUAAAACAAUAUGAAAUAAACGCCACUCCUAAAGGCUGGUCCUGCCACUGGGACAGGGAUCAUAGGCGGUAUUUCUAUGUACAUGAGCAGUCGGGCGAGUCUCAGUGGGAGUUUCCGGAUGGCGAGGAGGAGGAGGAGGAAGGCCAUGCCCGAGAGAAUAGAGAUGAGACUCUGCCUAAACCCAGCUUGAAAGACAAGCCCGGCGCCGAGGCCAGCUCCUCAGAGUCCUCCGAGAACCCCACAGGUCCCCUUUGUAAAGAGUCCUUUUCUGCUCAAGUGUCCUCUCCGUCACUCGUGCCGCUCACUCCAUUCUGGACCCUCCUUCAGUCCAACGUGCCCGUGCUCCAGCCGCCGCUACCCCUCGAGAUGCCGCCGCCCCCACCACCUCCUCCAGAGUCCCCUCCUCCCCCGCCACCGCCCCCACCGCCACCCCCGGUGGAAGACGGGGAGAUCCAGGAGGUGGAGAUGGAGGACGAGGGCAGUGAGGAGCCCCCUGCCCCCGGGACAGAGGAGGACACUCCUUUGAAACCAGCAGCUCCGGCUGCAGUUGUCACCAGCCAGAGUGCCGCGGACACCACCGCCUCCAGCUCUCCUUCCACUAAGGCGGUGAAGAGGAAAGCAGCGGAAAUGAGCAGUGCGGUGGUUCAGAGGUCCGCGACCAUCGGGAGCUCCCCGGUCAUCUACAGCCAGCCGCCCCUGACCAGCGGUCCCCAGGCCACAGGGAUUGGACACCAGCCCAUGUCCCUUGGCCAUGCAGCAGCAGGCCUGGGUCCCCAGGCCAGAGGGUUGAGCCUGCAGUCCAGCUACCUGGGCCUCACAGCCACACCGACCGUCCUGAGUUACACUGCGUGCUCCGCCCCCGUGGCCGUGACUGCAGCCUCCCUGCAGCCAGUCCAGGCCCGCGGGGCCGUGCCCACCGCUGCCGCCAUAGAGCCACCGCUGCCGCCUCCGCCGCCUCCCACGCCGCCGCCACCGCCAACUCCCAAAGCACCGCCACCAGAGAAGGCGAAGAAAGGAAAGAAGGACAAGGCCAAGAAGAGUAAGACCAAGAUGCCGUCCCUGGUGAAGAAGUGGCAGAGUAUCCAGCGGGAGCUCGACGAGGAGGAGAACUCGAGCUCCAGCGAGGAGGACCGCGAGUCCACGGCGCAGAAGCGCAUCGAGGAGUGGAAGCAGCAGCAGCUGGUCAGCGGCAUGGCGGAGAGAAACGCGAAUUUUGAAGCCCUUCCCGAGGAUUGGCGAGCAAGACUAAAGAGAAGGAAAAUGGCUCCGAACACAUAGUUGAAAAUUUUUUUUAAAUAACUUCGUUUUGUGUUCAGUUCAGAGUCCUAACCAGUUUUACUGCUGUCCAGUAAACUAGACGCGUUGAGCACGCGCGCUCCCUGGCCGCCGCGCGCUCCGGUGCAGAGUUGCCGCUCGUGAACGGCACUGUCCCGGCCCUGCCGAGCGAGGGGACGGGCCGCUUCGGCCCGGUGCCUGUGCUGUCGCCCAGGGUCACCCUGAGAACCAGGCGCCCCGCUCCGGGCCUGGCGGCGGGCGGAGGCCUCCUGCCCGAGAGCCGCGUCGUCCUGGCUGGCUCCGACCUCUACUCCAGAACAAGUGCAAUUAAGAGGCAGCCUGCGUCUGCCCGGCCGGAGGCCUUCGUGCGCCCGUGCCCGCACGCGGGGCGGUCUGGCGGCGGACGCCAGUGCUGGUGGCCGGGCCCCGAGUCCUCGCCACAGUCCUCUGCACUGGCACAGUUACAUCGCCGUACGGGCGGCGGCAGCGAGCUGGUGGCGCCUGGACCUUGAGAGCUCGCCCACGCGCGCGGCAGUGGGUGUCCCGAGAGCCACUCCGUCCCAGGGUCUCCGUUCUCACUGUCCGGGCAGGCGCCUUCCUCCCACGUGUGAAUGUCCUCUCCAUAAAAUUCCAGUAUUUAAAAGGCAGUUUGCUGUUGUGUACUUUCUAUUGUAUCACAAUCAGGUAAAGUCACUUUAAACUGAAGAAAAAGCAAAUUGUGUUUUAAAGCUGUUUGUAUUUCUCCAGUUUCUGACGUUGUAAAUUUUGUAUAUAUCCACUAAUAAAGCUCUUUUUAUACUUC